AUGAUCUUUGAAAAUUUGUUUCAAAAAUAUCGCAAGACCGAACCAACAUCAUUAUUCGUAUUGAAAAAUUUUGUGUUAAUAUUACUUUUAAUUGCUUUACUUGGAUAUACUUGGCGAAUAAUUUGGGAUAUUUAUGAUGAUAAUCCUGUCAUUCAGAAUUCUUUAGCCGAAGAAAACUCUAUCCCUGUUCCAAUUGCUUUUUUUUCUGCAUUCCAAAAAACAAGUAUUAGUUGCCAUUUUGCAAACACUAGUGGCACCCAUGAUUGUAAUCAAUAUAUGAAUAUAACCCAAUUCAUUAAUGACAGCGAUGACG